AUGGAUGCAGACGAGAAGUUGAAUGGCGCCCGCGACCACGGUCGCGUUGAUCAUUCUAGUCUGCUACUCAUCGUCCUCAACAACGACUCGGCCAAUAUGACGAUCACACACGUACUCUUCGAGUCGGCUUCUGGAUAUGCUAUCUUUGAGGCCAAGUUCAGCGAGGAUAUCGGGGCAAAAUCCAAGGCCGUCGCGGACUCGUUUCAGGAUCUGGCGAAGUUUGGGAAAAUGGUAACCUUGAUCAGUUUUUCGCCUUUCAAGAGUGCUGCACAGGCUUUGGAGAACAUCAACGAUAUUUCUGAAGGUAUCCUGAACGACCACCUCCGAAAUCUCCUUGAACUCAACCUCUCUAAGGCCUCCAAGAAGUCCAAUGUGACCCUGGCUGUCUCCGACCCCAAUAUCGGCACAAGUAUAAAGGAUGCCUUUGGGUUCAAAAUCGACGCCUCCGAAAAUGCUCAGCACCUGAUUCGCGGCAUUCGACAACAUGCGACCAAACUACUCAAGGGUCUCCAAACGGACGACCUGAAGAAAGCCCAGCUCGGCCUCGGGCACUCUUACUCCCGCUCAAAACUAAAGUUCAACGUCAACCGGGUGGACAACAUGAUCAUCCAAGCCAUUGCCCUCCUCGAUCAGCUCGACAAGGACGUCAACCUGUUUUCGAUGCGGAUACGAGAGUGGUAUGGGUACCACUUCCCGGAGCUCGUUCGUAUCGUUCCCGACAACCACCAAUAUGCUCGCGUCGCCAAGUUCAUUGGAGAUAAGGACACGUUGACGGAGGAUAAACUACCAGAGUUGACCGCAUUGCUGGACGACGACAGCACAGCGGCGCAAAAUAUCCUCGAUGCUGCUCGUGGAUCAAUGGGCUCCUCCCUCUCCGACAUCGACAUGCUCAAUAUCUCCGCCUUCGCCACACGCGUCGUUUCUCUAUCCGACUACCGCAAGUCGCUCGUGUCGUACCUUUCGGAGAAGAUGAACCUGGUCGCACCAAGUCUGACGGCUCUCCUUGGAGAGCGCGUCGGUGCUCGGUUGAUUAGCCAUGCUGGUAGUUUGACGAACUUGAGCAAAUAUCCGGCGAGUACGGUGCAAAUCCUCGGUGCCGAGAAGGCUCUAUUCCGAGCGUUGAAAACGAAGGGGAACACACCCAAGUACGGUCUCCUUUACCAUUCAACGUUCAUCGGCCGUGCAGGUCCUAAAUACAAGGGUCGCAUUUCACGGUUCCUUGCCAACAAGUGUUCUAUUGCCUCUCGUAUUGAUUGUUAUUCCGAAAACCCAACACCAAAAUUCGGCGAGGCUUUGCGUGCACAAGUAGAAGAACGUCUCAACUUCUUCGAGACAGGCGCACCGCCAUCUAAGAACGCUGAUGCUAUUCGCAAGGUUAUGGAGGAGCUUGCUCUUGACGAGGACGAGGAUGAUGAAGACGGCAUGAAUGUUGACGGCCCUGCUUUUACAACACUAGAAGCCGAGCCGAAGAAGGAGAAGAAGAGGAAGAGGAAGAGCGACGACAUGGAUGUUGAUGAUGAGGAGGACGACGACGACGCUCACUCUGCGAAGAAGGUCAAACUGUCGAAGGAGGAGAAGAAGGCACUGAAGAAGGCCAAGAAAGAGAAGGCGAAGGCUGAGGCUGCAGCUUCUGGUGACGGCGAGUCAUCAAAGAAAAAGGAGAAAAAAGAGAAAAAAGAAAAGAAAGAAAAGAAAGAGAAGGAAAAGAAGAGCAAAGACUGA